AUGAGCAAAAACCCUGUUGCCAAAAACCAAAUGGUUUUUAAUAAAUCUUUUGGUUAGCAUAUUUUAGUUAAUCCAUAAAUGUUACAUAGUAUAGUAGAAAAAUCUGCUAUUAGACCUACUGAUAUUGUAUUAGAAAUUGGUCCUGGUACUGGUAAUCUUACUGCACUCCUCUUAGAAAAGGCUAAAAAAGUUAUUGCUGUUGAAAUUGAUCCUCGAAUGGUUGCUGAACUAAACAAAAGAUUCAAAUAUUCUCAACAUGCACAUAAAUUCGAACUUAUUUAAGGAGAUGCUAUUUCAACAGAGUUCCCAUUUUUUGAUGUUUGUGUUGCAAAUACUCCUUAUUAAAUUUCAUCACCUCUCGUAUUCAAGCUCCUCUCUCAUAGACCUCUUUUUAGACAUGCAGUUCUUAUGUUUUAAAAAGAAUUCGCAAUGAGAUGUGUAGCAAAGCCAUCAAGUGAUUUAUAUUGUAGAUUAUCUGUAAACGUUUAGUUGUUAUCAAAGUGUGAUCACUUAAUCAAGGUAGGUAAAAAUAACUUCAAGCCACCACCAAAAGUUGAAUCUUCUGUUAUUCGUAUUGAACCAAAGAACCCUGCUCCUGUACUUAACUACAUUGAAUGGGAUGGUCUUCUUAGAGUUUGCUUUAUGAGAAAGAAUAAAUAGCUUUCUGCUAUCUUUAAGAAUAAGUCAGUACUCUAAGUUUUAGAGAAGAACUUUGAAACAUAUUAAAAGAUAAAAGCUAUAGAAUAGGGUGCAGUUGAAGAAGAAUAAAAGCAAAAUUAAGAUACAAAAGGGAAAAAAGGAAAUAAUAAUAAUAAUAAUGUUGCAGAUUUAAUGUAAAUGGGAAUGGAUGAAGAGUUAGAUGAAGAAAUAGAUGAUGAAAAAAGCAACAAAAAAUAAAAUAAAAAAAAGCAUAACGAUGAUGAAGGAUUAGAUGAAGAAGAAGAUGCAGCUUAAGUAGAUGAUAAAAAAAAAUUAUUUAAAGAAAAAAUACAUAAAAUACUUGAGGACAGUGGAUAUCUUGAAAAAAGACCAGCAAAAUUAGAUAUUGAUGAUUAUUUGAAAUUAUUAUUCGUAUUUAAUCAAAAUGAAAUUCACUUUAAGUGA